AUGGAUCUCAUUUGGUUGAUACUUUUAUUCUCAGCUCACCUGGCUGAAUGUGUGCCAGAGAAGCCAAAGAGAUCAGCUCUGAACCAGCUGACCAGGACCCUCCUCAGGAAAUACGACUGUGGGGUCCGACCUGUUCACAACUGGACCAGUCUCACCACCAUCCACAUAGACCUCAUCCUGCAGUCUGUGCUGGACGUGGAUGGAAAGACUCAGAGCAUGACUAUAAGCAUUUGGUACAGACAGGUCUGGACGGAUGAGUUCCUGGUUUGGGAUCCAGAAGAGUUUGAUGGUAUCACUGAGAUCUCACUGUCGUCUGAUGCCAUCUGGAGACCUGAUGUUAUCGUCAGUGAGUUCGUGGAUGCAGGGAAGUCUCCUCCGAUCCCCUACGUGUACGUGAACUCCUCUGGAUCAGUCAAGAACAACCGGCCCAUGCAGGUGGUGCUGGCCUGCACCCUCGAGUUGUACGCCUUUCCAUUUGACAAGCAGAACUGCAGCCUCACGUUCCGCAGCUGGCUCCACUCAGUGAAGGAAAUAGACCUGGCUCUGUUAAGAAGUGCAGAGGCCAUCGCUAAUGAUCAGAAGGAGUUCAUGAAUGACGGAGAAUGGGAGCUACUGUCAGUACCCUCCCACUACUGGCAAAUCCACCAGGACGACACCGACUAUGCACAGAUCCAGUUCAAUGUGUUGAUCCGCCGGCGCCCCCUGCUGUACGUGGUGGGUCUCCUCAUCCCCAGUAUCUUCCUCAUGCUGGUAGAUGUCAUCAGUUUCUACCUGCCUCUGAACAGUGGAACACGCAUCGCCUUUAAGAUCAGCAUCCUGCUGGGCUACACGGUCUUCAGAGUCAACCUGACCGAUGAGCUGCCGUCCACUGCCGUCAGAACUCCACUCAUAGGUGUGUUCUUCGCGGUCUGCAUGGCCAUGUUGAUGCUCAGUCUGUCUAAAUCCAUACUCGUGGUGAAGCUGCUCCACCACAGCGAGAAGGAGGUCAAGCAGUUCUCGGUGUCAGCCUGCCUGUUGGACAAGUACGGCUCAGCUGGUCAGGAGUUCACCGAGAGCGCUUUAACCUCCCUCAAAACCCUCGAUUUCAUCAACCCCUCUGGAGAUUAUGAGCUGGAGCCCUCUCUGGAGGAGGAUCUGCUGUCCCUGAAUGAGAUCCAGGAGGCUCCUUCUGGACUUGAGUGGCUUCUCCAGGAGCUGGUCUCCCUCCGUCUGGCCUUUUCUGAGGACGACAGUGAGUCUUCGGCUCAGGCUGACUGGCUGGCUCUCUGCUCUAAGCUCGACCUCUUCUUGUUCCGCUUUUACCUCUUUGUUCUGGUCCUCUAUGCCAGCACUCUGGUGCUGCUGUGGGCCAGCUGGAGCUUCUCCUGA